AUGAAAGAGCUACCGAAAUUAGUGAGAAUUGGGAGGAAAGGACGCAAGCAUGAACAGGAAUUCACUUAUGAGCACGUUCUCUUUUACUGCUCAAAAUGCUGUAAGAUUGGCCACAAUGACAUUGAUUGCCAUGUUGGUAAAUCUGCACCAAAAAAAGAUGUUGAGAUGACAGUUUUGGAUCCGGUAACCAAGAAGAGGGGUAUCAAGCUCAACACUCAGAGACCUGUUGUAAAAGAUUCCGUUGAACCCCCUAUGGAAACCCUAAUUGAACCCCCUGCGGUAACCCUACUAGUGCGCACGGUGGAAGCUGUGGAUGGGGGCUCAACUUCAGGGUUAACGAUGCAAGAGAAAAAGUAUACUGUUGUUAAUAUUCUAGAUAGUCCUCCUUUGAUACAAGUUAUAGAAACACUGGAUGAAAUUCCUCAACGAGAAACUCAAUCGGUAGCCGUCUCACAGUCGAAUGCAUUUGAGAUUCUCCAAAGCAUUGAUGAAUCUGGAGAUGCUGAGGAACUUGUGCAUAGUAAAGCUCAGUCUUUGGAAGUCAAAGACAAAGAAAUUGAGAAAGCGAAUACUGGUGGAAAUAGGGAAAGGCAAUUGGCUCUUUCUAGCAAUGGUGAUGGGCUUACUUGGGGUAAUGAGAAUCAGUUGAACACUCUAUACAAGCCUGAUGAUUCUUAUGUGUCUGAGCAGAAGGAUACUGAUGAUGAGGAUUACUCCAAUCAGGAUGGUAGUUGGUCAGAGGGAGAUAAAGAAACGGCUGUAUUGGUUGAAAAUGUGCAAGGGAAGUUUUCGGCUAAAAAUCAGUUAGAAGUCGGAGAUCAAUUGAUGCACUUUGAGGUUACGUAUGUUCCAUUACAAAAGGAGUUUCUUCUCAUGGCGGUGUAUGCUAGGUCGAACAAAGUGGAUAGAAGGCCCUUGUGGGCGAAUCUGGGGCUCUUUCGGGACCUGAAUCCAUUAAAACCUUGGAUUGUUGACAGGGAUUUUAAUGUUAUACGCUCAUUGGAAGAAUACUCUGGGAAUUCCGUACAAGAUUAUGAAGCCAUUGAUGAAUUCAAUUGCAAUAUUGAGGAGUGUAAUCUUCACAAAAUUCCUUCAGUUGGGGAUGAGUUCACUUGGGGUGGUACGAGGAGUACGGGAUGGGUUAGCAAGAAGUUGGACAUAAUUCUUUUCUCUCGAGAAUGGAUGGAUAUGUUUUCAAAAACAUCAUUAAAACUUUUGAGCCGUACAACGUCGGAUCAUAGUCCAUUGCUUCUCCAAUUUGAUGUUCAACUUGAAACUAGGCCGAGAGUUUUUAGGUUUCAAAAUACGUGGCUUCGCCGGAAUGAUUUGAUGGAUUUGGUGGGAACGAGUUGGGAGCAGCCGGUUUCUGGUCUUGGCAUGGGAGAAACAAGGUCCUUAAAGGAAUUAAAUAGGUUUUUUGAGAACUAUGAGAUUGCUUUGGGUCAAAGAAUCAAUCGGAGUAAAAUUUUUUUCUUGGUAGCUGAAUCUGGUAGUGCAUUUCGGGUGGAGGCCAUCAAGAGAAUUAUGCUAAUGCCUAAGGGAGCUUUCACAUUCAUGUAUUUGGGCUGUAAUCUAUACUAUGGGAGAAGCAAGGCAUCACAUUUUCAAUUCCUUUUAGACGCUUUGGAAUCCAAGAUUGCUGGAUGGAAGAAUAAGCUAUUGAGUUCAGUUGAAGGGCUUGUUCUUCUGCGACAUGGAACCCUGUCACCAAGGGUGGCUCAUUCUUUGCUUUGCCAUGAUGAAACCCUAACAGAAGAGAAAGAUAUACUUGUAUGGCAGUGUUCUGGAAUUUUUUCCAUUAAAACAGAAUAUCAUCAGCUACGGAGGAGGGGCUUUGAUGAUAACAUAUCCAAGAAUUAUAGGCACAAGUUGGUUCCUUUGAGGAUCUCUUUUUUUGUAUGGAAGUUACGCAACCUUUUAGUUCCUUUUCCGGAAAUCUUGAGCAUAUUUGGAAUACAGGUGGUUGAGGCAAUCACUGUGGCUAUGCGGAAUGUCCUAACGCAUGAUUUGAGGGCCAAUGGAGGAAUUGAGGAGAUUUUGUCUUUGCUGAGAGUGGUUACACGGGUGGUGGAGAUAGUUUUGGGGCGGAGGCGUAUCGCCAAAAUCAAGGACGACGCAUCAUUGCAAGUGUUGCAUUUCCUCCCAAAUUCGACAUAUAUUGAUUUGUAUGUAGAUUUGGAGGUGGCGGGUACUUCUAGGUCCCAUUUGGAAGUAGGGACAAGUAGUGGUAGGCCGAAUGUGGAGAAUGUCGAUUACAUGGAAGAUGAUGAUGUGGGUGGACCAUUUAUGGCGGAUAGCGAUCACAUGGAAUAUAAUCACGGUAAAGAUGAUAAGGAUUACACAUCGAUAAGUGAUCAAAGCGAUGAAAACCAAUCAAUAUCCGAAGGAAGUCGGGAGAGUGAUGAAGAGGUCGAAGACAAAUUCGCCACAAAGGACAGGCACAUAUAUCGUUCACAGGGUACAUUGGAUCAUACAAAAAUGGACAAGGAUGAAUUUCAACUUACCAUGUGGGACGGAACAACCGCAAAAAUUGGGAUAGGGACUUGUUUCAAGAAUAAGAAAGAAGCAAAAAAUGGUAUUGCAGCGUGGAACAUAGAGCAAAAGAGAGAGUUUUAUGUGAAGGAAAGUGAUGGUUCAACAUGGUAUAUUUGGUGGAAAUCCCUAAAAGAGUCAACCCCUAAGGGUUAUGUUCCUUGCCGUUGGAAGGUACGUGCCUCCUUGAGAGACCACGGUUUGUGGGAGAUUGUGAAAUGGGUGCCCGAGCACAAUUGUAUGAAUUUCACCGAGGAAAAUAAUAAUCGGAAUGUGAGCGCAACGCUUAUUGCGCAUCUCAUAAGGCAUAAGGUUGAGUUGGACCCAGAUUAUGAAGUGAAGCUCGUUCAGGAAGAAGUGAAAGACCGUAUGCAUGUCGAUGUUCCUUACCACAGGGCAUGGGAGGGAAGGAGAAAAGCUAUCGAUCUUGUUUACGGCGACUGGAUUUUCAAUUUUGACAUACUUCCAAGGAAAGAGCUGCGUGAUUUUAGCAAUGAUGCUUAUUUGUAUCUCGAGGAGAUUGAUGCUUGUCAGUGGACUCUUGCCAAAGACAAACACUAUCGUUGGGACUUCAAGAAAAAAGAUAAGAAAGCCGUGCAAUGCAAAAUCAACCGUUAUGGUGCUAUUAAUGGCAAGUUCAAGGUGAAAAGUAAAGCCCGACUUGGUGGCAAAGGAGACAACACAUACACUGUGAAAUAUGAAGAGAAGAAGUGUUCUUGCAAGAAGUGGCAAGAGUAUAGGUUCCCUUGUACACAUGUACUAGCUGUGUGUCAGAAGAUAAAAGAUCAACCAAUCAAUACGGUGAAUCCAUAUUUCAGGGUUGUUGCUUGGCAAGACCAAUUCAGUGGGCGCGAUGACUUUUCCCCGGCCCCUGAUAUGAGAAGAUGGCCUAAGGUUGGAUGGAGACUCGUUCCUAACUAUGAGCGAGUUAUUAUGCAUGCUGGACCCGGUCGUUGGCAAAAAAAGAGAUUUAAAAUGCAAAUGGAUUAUAGGGGACGCAAAUCGAGGGGUGAAUGUUUGAGAUGUAGCUCAAGGAAUCAUUUCACCAAUGUGUCCCCAAAAUCACACAAGAAAUCCGAUAGGAAAAGGUCAAGAUCAAUUGGGACGCCGAUGAAUAUGGAACAUGAUAUUGAUAGUAAUGUUAUUGAUAGUAUUGGUUUGAAAGUGGAUGGUAAGCCUGUGGAGGGGAUGACACCUGAGAAUUCUAUGGCACAGUGGAUGGCGAUGUGCUUUAGAUUGUUGGGAAUUACACCCGUUAGUGACAUGUUUGAUGGGAAUAAGAUUUAUGCAGAGUGUUUAAUCAACGAGUGUCUACGUCCGAUCCCAGAAAAUGCUCCAAGAGAGGCCUAUAUACAGAGGGCCCAUGCAUUACUUUUACUACUGAUUGGAGGUUUCUUGAUUCCUGACAAUACGGAAAACAGAAUACCGCUUUGGAUCCUGACAAUACUCAAGGAUUUGGAUGUCUGUGCUACCUACAGUUGGGGGUCAGCUGUGUUAGCGAAGUUGUACUUUGCUUUGUGUCAAGCUUCCCCGCCUGGGAAAAGAGAUAUUACCAGAUGUUAUAUGCUGAUCCAGUUAUGGGUUUGGGAGCAUAUCCCAAGACUUCAACCGAAGAGGAAGGUUAAAGAUGAGAGUUACUUGGUGCCGGAUGCACCACUAGGCAAUAAGUGGAAAUGCCCAAAAUCCAAAGUGAACAUCGCCGCUCAUUAUGUUGCUGGCAUCAGGGAUCAGUUAUCUAGCCUAAGGGAUGGGGAUUUUCUAUGGACUCCAUACACUCCCUUCAUCGACGAUCUCCCUGAUUUCUGUAAAGAGGGGGUUCAUUUCUACCUCUGUAGGACGUGGAUCUUUUGUUGGGCCAUCAGAGAACCAUACAAGCCCAAUCGGGUCCUUCGUCAAUUUCAAGGUGUGCAAACUGUGCCAGAGUACCCGUUAAUCAAUGACAUUGAUCACUGGAAUGCGAUACACCACGGAUGCCUUGGGACUGGAAAGGCAUAUGAUGAUUGGGUGCAAAAAACACCGGGUGCCCUGACUUUGGGCCCACGUGAUAUGAGCACUCAGCCCGAUACUCAAGUUCUUCAGAAAAGACCCCCAAAGUCAAGUCAAAAUGUGGUGCUCACGCUGAAAACAACAUCGAAGCCUACUGGAGGUGGAAGGAGGAAGCGACCGGGAAUUUCAGAUCGAACAAUCAUAGUUCAUCCCAAUCCAACUCCGAUACAAGAAGAUGAUGAAGAUAAUGAAGGCAACAAAAGCGAUGAGGAUUACUACAUUAGGGGCGAAGAAGAAGAAGAAGAAGAAGAAGAAGAAGAAGAAGAGUCCUCUCCACCUCGUGUUUCUUCCCAAAAGAAAAAGAAAACGGUCGAGGUUCGCAAGAGUGAUAGGGUUAGUAAACCGGCCAAGAAGUAUACUCCCGGCGACGGGGCUAUAAGGAAGAAAAGGUCGUCAAAGUAA